GGAUAGGAAACGCGCGUGCGUUGCGUAAUAGAGCUGCGACAAAAUCAUCGCUCUCCGGGCGCCGGAAGUAGUUCCGUCCGUGCGGUUUCUUUUUUUUUCCUCUUUGGGUUCGCUGGACGCGAGGGUUUUAUUUACGGCUUCAAAGCUGGAGAAGAUGGCUGUGGAAUCACGGGUGACGCAGGAGGAGAUCAAGAAAGAACCGGAGAUACCGAUAGAUCGGGAAAAGACCUGUCCUCUCCUGCUACGAGUGUUCACUACGAACAAUGGGCGACACCACCGCAUGGAUGAGUUUUCCCGAGGGAACGUCCCGUCCAGCGAGCUGCAGAUCUAUACCUGGAUGGAUGCUACUUUGAAAGAGUUAACCAGCUUAGUGAAGGAAGUAUACCCAGAAGCCCGUAAAAAGGGAACUCAUUUCAACUUUGCUAUUGUUUAUCCUGAUGCGAAGCGGCCAAGCUAUAGGGUAAUGGAGAUUGGCAGUACGGUUUCAGGACGGAAGGGACCAGAUGAUGCAAUGACGUUACUGUCUCAGAGGUUUCAGAUUGGAGAUUACUUGGACAUAGCAAUAACACCUCCCAACAGAGCCCCACCUCCAUCUGGGCGUAUGAGACCAUACUGAUGAGGCAUCUAGACAGAAUCGCUUUUUUUUUUUUUUUUUUAUGGACUUACAUUAUUACAGGCUACCAUCACUUAUUUUGUAGUUUUAUUUACUGGUGCAUACCAAGCUCUUUAAUUCUCCAGUUGACUCGUCCUCAUUUUAUCCCCUAUAAAGAACGUUUUGGUAUUAA